AUGAAAACAUUGAAGAAGAAGAUAAUCACACAAUCAUUGGAUCAGCAAUUGAUUAGCAAAAGUGAUAAUAAAAUUAUAGCGAAGAAGAAAAAUACGCGAAUCAAGAAAAUCAGAUCAAGAAAUAAUACCACAAAUAGUAUUGAACACAAAGUUAAGACAUCGCCAACUGGUGAUCAAUUAAGUGAUAGUGAUAUUCAUAAUGAUAUUAUUGACGACAAUUGUAAUCAUGAUAUAAAUGAUACCAAACUGACUGCUGUUAGCGAUAGUCAAUUGACUGCCCAACGAAUUAAGAGACGAUACACUAAACGAAAGCGUACGCCAAGUGGUCAACUGAUCCAAGAAAAACAGUUUCAAUGCGAUUGGAUUGGUUGCGGCAAAGCCUGUCGCGAUCGGAUAGAACUGGUGGCACACAUCCGACUUAAACAUACCAAAGAAAGGCCGUACGGCUGUUCAGAUUGUGGUAAAUGUUUUCCGGUAGAAAAGUAUCUGAAGACACAUCGCAAACACUUUCAUCCGAACAGUAACAAUAUGUCGAUAGUCUCAGCGACUGACAAGACUAACUCAACCACCACUGCUGUCAUCAAAGUCUAUAAGUGUCAGUACGACAACUGUCCGACUGAGUUCCGUAAGAUUAAGUCACUGAAAGAACAUCAUAAACGGCACGAAAAUCGUUUAGCAGACAAGUCCUAUCUAUGCGAUGUCGAUGACUGUGGCAAACGUUUUGUCACUAUCUAUACAUUGAAUCGACAUAAACUGUCCUUUCAUAGCGAUGACAGACCCUAUCCGUGCGAUUGGCCCGGUUGUGACAAACGAUUCAAAGAUGCACACUAUAUGAAGUCGCAUAAGGAACGGCAUACUGGUCUGAGACAGUACCGGUGCAAUGAACAGGGAUGCGAUAAAUCGUAUACUACCUACAGGGGUCUGUUUCAGCACCGGUGCGCCCAUACCCGACCCUAUAUGUGUCCGUGGCCGGCGUGCGAUACUCGGUACUCGUGCAAAGAGAAACUGGACGAACAUAUGAACACACAUCAGGGUCUCAAACCGUUUGGCUGUCAUUUCGAUGGCUGUUCGGCCAGUUAUGCCAGCAAAUCGUCGCUGAGAUUACAUAAACUUCAUCCUAAAUCUAACUCUUAA